GCUGUGGGGCCCACUCCGUAUCCCUACACUCUUAAAGUCAACGUCCACGCUCUUUUUUGUGAAUCUUGAACUACACACUCUCUUUGUCACAUCACAGCGAGGCUUCGACAGCUUCAUCACAUUCCUUCCAAAACUUCCCUCUCUUGUUCAAUUGACGGUCUGGACCUACACUCUUUCUUCCUCAAUCAACACACGGUCUCUUUAAAAGCAGCUUCGCCACGCUCCUGUGUCGUCAUCAUACAUUAUCACAAAUCUUUGUUACAGACCCUCUCAACGAACAAUAUGCUUUCCAAGCUUACCUUUGCCAUCGUGGCACUUCAAGCCAGCCUUGCCCUAGCUGGCAAAGCCGUCAUCACCAACCGCUGCGACUACGACGUCUGGGUCUGGUCAAUCUCUACUGGCCAUGCCUCCUCAUCCUUCAUGGUCCCUGCAGGAAGCUCCCACAGCGAGGCCUACACUGGAAGUAGCACUUCCCUCAAAGUCAGCAAGUCCGACGCUUUGGUCGCCGGCAAGCACACACAGUUUGAGUACUCCAUCGCGGCUGGCCAGCUCUGGUACGACAUCUCCUUUGUCGACUGUGCCAAUGGCGAGUCUGCGUCAAACUGCCCUGGACACGACGAAGGCCUGGCCAUGAACGCCAGCAACGACAGCUGCGGCAAGAUCGAUUGCCCCGCUGGAGACUACUGCCCUACGCAGGCCUACUACGUCGACACGCCUCUGCAAAAGCUGGGUAUCGCCGAGCCAGUUUUCAUGUGCCCCUUGUCUCUGGGCACCAGCGUUGAUCUGUCCAUGACAGUCUGCUCCGGAAACCCCAAGAUCAAGAGGAGCAUCGCUGGCCGUAUCCAGAUCGAUGGCGAGGCUUAGAGAGUCUCGAUGGUGCGCAUUUGCGAUUACUUCUCCAGCUCUCUUACCAUUACUUCUUUCGUUCUUUAUACAUACACUAGGGUGGAUUACGGUUGGGAUAUACCUGGGUUACGAUUUGGUUACGAUUUUGGAUGAUUCAAUGAAACGUUAUGCUUUUCCAACUCUUGAAUUCGUGUGCUGUUACCGAUUGUGACUACGUAGGCACCCUGUCGGUCCUCUGACCAAAGCCUGCCGCCAUACUCCUCGGCGUGAUGGAA